GGCACCGUACGGACUGGAAUUAAGUUUUUGCAUGACGUUUUUACGUCGCGCCCGUCUGACAUUUCGUGCUCGACGCAUGAGUUUCGCGACCGUGAUAAAAAAUUUAAGGUUACCGUCAGCAGUUUUCGUCGAGCAAGCUUCGACAAGGCAAAGCCCGCGACUCUCCUUUCACGAUGUUUUGAUUCACUCUCGUCGUUCCGUGCUCUUUCCCUCUUUUUGUUUUUCAGUCACCGGAGGAUGCUUCACGAUACCGUCUCAACACCGAAGGCAUGAUCUCGUGUCCAGGAUUUAUUUGAAUUUUUAAUCCCGAGAAAAAGUGCCGAGUUCUUCCGAGGCGUUUGUGUUAUGCUGCGCUCGUCGUCGACGUCGUCGUCGUCGUCGUUGUCGUCGUCGUCGUCGUCGUCGUCGUCGUCGUCGUCAUCUCGCAAUAGAUAUGACUCUUUCCGCAUGCACUACACUACGUAAUUAUUUGACGCGCGUAGAUGAUGACUUGUGUAUUCGACGACAGUGAGGUGUAUACGCUGUGAUGGGGUGGGCGAUAUCCACCAUAGCAUGGAUUUUCAUAUGGAGUUGCUUGCUGCGAAGCAUCGAUCUAGCUCCGCAGCCAUCUCCAAAGCAAGUGCCGUGCGAUAAAACAAGAAAAGUCUUUGCAGACUCAUGGGGAAUAAUCAGCGAUGGGCCUAUGGGCUCGAAUUACACUCAAGAUUCCCACUGUGAAUGGCUCAUUAAAGCUAAUCAUAGUCGCCAAUUUAUUACAUUGAGUUUCCGGACUAUGGGCACAGAAUGCAGCUAUGACUAUGUAUUUGUUUACGAUGGAGAUUCCUUUCGUUCCCCGCUUUUAGGUAGUUUUAGUGGUAAAACAGAGCCGCAACAAGUGACAUCAUCAUCUGGUUAUAUGUUGAUAUUAUUAUAUAGUGACACAAACUACGUCCUAGAUGGCUUUCACGCAGAGUUUUCAGUCACGGAUUGCCCGAACAAUUGCACUCAUCAUGGAAAGUGCAUCAACAAUACAUGCUUUUGCGAAAACGAUUGGGGAGGUAAAGACUGUUCUCGAACACUCUGUCCGAACAAUUGCAGUGGCGCAGGUAUCUGUGGCUUAAAAAGAUGUGAAUGCAACAGUGGAUACUCUGGACAAUCUUGUUCGUUGCAUAAAACGCAUCCAGAAGGAAAUCGAUGGCAUUGGCUCUCUCAUUCGGAGGGCGGACUAAGACCACGCGCAGCUCAUACAGCAGUCUAUGUUCAGGAAACGGACUCACUUUACGUUUUCGGUGGCUACGAUCUUAAUUAUAUUCUCAGCGACUUGGAAGUAUACAGGUUUAGCACAAGCCAAUGGGAAGACGAAUAUGGAAAUGUAUUAGAGGGUGCUGCAUCUGCCGAAUAUCUGGAUCCUAUGUUGAUCGCAACCGAAUUACGCAAUCCGGGCGCCAAAGAGAUAUACGGCCUACCGACGUCAUCUUUAAUCUGGAAGGUUCUUUAUAGCAUCAAGGAUAAUAAUACUUUUGGUCUACUCGAUCGGACCGCUAACGGUAGUCGCGAGCAUGGCACGCGAGAAUUCAGAAACAUGCCUAAGGAGAAUGAGAAGAGUAGAAGCACUAUUAGGAUUGAUAGAAACGACGAUCCUAGAAGAAAACAUCCGCGAAAUAUAAGAUCGCGAUAUUCCCAAAUGUUGACAAGAUAUCGCAGAAACUUGGAAAACUUAUAUCGAGAACAUGAUACGGCAGACGUACAAAACGACAACGCGAAAUGGGAGGAACAAGUGGUAGCGGGACCCGCUGAGGAUAAUUUAUUCAUGCAAGAAUUUAUAGAUCCCAAAUUAACCACGAGCGAAUCACUGAAAGAGGAAGCUACGGAACCAACCGUUAACGAUUUACCUAAACCUGGCCCUCGAUAUGGUCACGCUGCGUGUAAAUAUCAAGAUGGCUUUGUAAUCUACGGAGGAAAAGUGCCAGAAGAAGAUGGUUCUGUGUCGAACGAAUUAUGGCAUUAUAAUGUGAACAAACGUAUAUGGACUUUACGUGCUAAAAACUCUCCCUUCUAUCCGCCUAGACUCACAAGACACACUCUAACUUUGGCGGAUGACUACAUCUACUUGUUCGGAGGCAGCACUAUUGAUGGAGAAUUUUCAUCCAGGCUUUAUAAAAUCAAAUUACAUUUAUCGGAUCCUACGGCAACCAGCGAGAGAUGGAUAGAGGUACGACCUCGAGGCGGUAAGGAACUCGACGUGCGCGUGGUGGCACACUCGACUGUGUAUCAUCGUGCUACCAAUUCUUUGCUGAUAUAUGGAGGCGUGGUUGCCAGUGUUGCCCGUUUUAGCAAAUUAUCGGAUCGAAUGUUUGUCUUUCAAUUGGACAGGAAGGUCUGGUCUGAAAUUCAUUAUCCGAGAGCGCACUUGCGAGAUACAUACGUGCCCAGAGAACGCGCGUUCCACACGUGUAACAUCAUAGGAAAUUAUCUUGUGGUAUUUGGCGGAUAUUCUCAUAGACAUAACAAAGAGGAAAUCUGUUAUGACAAUCAGAUGUAUCUUUAUCAUCUCGGUUGUCACGCUUGGGUGAGCCAUGAUGUGCUAGGCUUAAAUGAUAAAGAUUCCCGUUAUCCUAAGCAGCAGGGUGUAUUCGCACACGCGGCGGAUGUACGUAAUGGAAAUAUUUUAUUGCUCGCCGGUGGAUAUCACGGCAAUGUAAAUGCCGAUCUUCUCGCAUAUACUUUGCCACCUAUGUUGGCACCGGGAGAUGAAGACUACAUCGAACCGGAACAAAUUUGCUCGAGACACAAGAGUCUGAUGGAGUGCGCGGCAAAUCCCGAAUGCGGUUGGUGUUCCGCGGAUGAGAUAUGUUAUGGCCGGACGAUAGGCAGCAAUUGCACGACGAAUCUGCAGACGACGCGCUGUCCAGGUGUUUGUCCCGCUUUGGGCGACUGUCAUUCCUGUCUGAUACACGGCCAACCCGGCGGCGGCUGGGGCACAAACUUUCGCGGCAGAAAAUCCGUCUCAAACAAGCUUAAUCUGGGUACAUGUACGUGGUGCGUCCAGAACGCUCGUUGCCAUCACAAGGAUGACAAUUAUGGAGUAUGUGGUUUGCGGGACGAUACACCCUCACAAAUACCAGGCUGGUGGGGUUCAAAAGGCACGGAGAUUACCAAAGUCGAGGAGUGUCGAGAGAUGGACAGGAGACCAGGUUUGACUUUCCUCAAAUAUAAGCCGCCGGUGAAUUUCAGCCAGCCCGACUCGGUUGCCAUAGUAAACGCGACCACGGUCGAUUUUAUGCCGUCUCACCAAGGCGCGAAAACGGAAGCGGCAUUGGGUGGCGAGAUGAUCGCCAGACUGACCGGCUUUCUCAGACCACCCAAUUAUUUUUGGGACAGCGCGGCGGAACAGCUAAAAAUCUGCGUCGGUUACAAUAGUGCGACGCUUUAUGUAUCGCGAAACGACGAUCCCGAUAAGCUGGAACUGGUCGCCAAUUUAACCGCGGAAACAUCGCAAUAUAUACCGAUAAAAUGGGCGGAUGGAAAUCCGAUGGAACUGCAACCAGGCCGUUAUCUGUUGGACUUUGAAUCGAAAAGAAUGGUAACCGCAAGCCACGCUCAUGCGAGCAAGAUGGAGAUCACACAUAAUAAGAAGACGGAAAAUCCGAAAGUCUUUACAUUCGAGUACCUGGAGCCAUAUCAAAAUGGCUCUUGCCAUCAGUAUGGCAACUGUCUGCAUUGUCUGACGGAUUCUUCGUGCGGUUGGUGCGACAUCACUCACCAGUGUCUACCGCGAUCAGCUAACGAGACAGAGAGCUGCGCAGCGGAUGUGGACUGGGACGAGCGGGGCGAGCCGAUACGGGAAUGGCAUUAUUUGACAAUUACACCAUCGACGUGCGCCAAUUGCUCCAAUUACAUUUCCUGCGAGUCGUGUGUAAGCACCAAACUAUGCGAGUGGUGGACAGAAGAGGCAAAAUGUGCGCGAAUUGGCCGAUUGCCGAAUGCUGUGGUGAGUCUAGAGCAAUGCCCGAUCCCGUGCCGGCAACGUUUCAAUUGUACUCAGUGCCUGGACGAACGCGGUAGAUGCGUGUGGUGUGAAGCCACGCGCGAAUGCUUUUCCUUCUCCGUAUACACGUCUGAGUAUCAAUUCGGUCUGUGCCGGGAAUGGAUGGAUCAGGCAGGUCUAAUGGGCGUCACGUCACGCAGCUCGUCACUGACUGGUGAUCAGUGCAAGAGUUGUAGCCGGCACUCAAAUUGCUCUAGUUGCUUACACUCGCUGAGUUGCGGAUGGUGCUACAGCCUGGAUAAUCCUAUUACCGGCGUGUGCGUGCAGGGUGAUUUCAAUCAGCCGCACGUCAACUGCAGCGCGGUCAUCAACGAGGAUCGAAACGGCAGUCUAAGAGCGGACGAGUCCGGUUGGGCAUACGCGCAGUGCCCGGAUGUAGACGAAUGCGAUCUCGGCCUUCAUGAUUGCCAUCCCGACGCACUCUGCACUAAUACACACGGCAGCUUUAGCUGCCAAUGUAAGCGCGGUUUCAAUGGCGAUGGCAAAGAGAAUUGUACUAAGACCUGUUAUGAAAGAUGUGUCAAUGGAUAUUGCAGCGAAGCACCAGAUUACAAGUGCGAAUGCAAUCUUGGCUGGACCGGGCCAGACUGUCGGACCAACUGCGGCUGUUACAAUCAUUCCACGUGUGUGCAGGGACCAGGUAUUUGUGAUGAAUGUCAGGACUGGACAACCGGACGCUAUUGUGAAGAGUGCAAGGCGGGCAGCUACGGAAACGCGACAAUGCCGUUAGGUUGCCGCGAGUGCGACUGCAACGGACACGGUGACAUUGAACUCGGCGUGUGCGAUCGGCAGACCGGGAUGUGCUUCUGUCGUGAUAACACCGAAGGCGACAAAUGCCAGCGUUGCAAACGCGGUUAUUACGGUGAUCCGCGCGACGGCGGAAUGUGCUAUUAUGGCUGUAUGUCGCGAGGUAUGCUGGGCGGCGUGGGAAACGGCAAACAAGGUCUUGGUAGUCGACAUUCUCAAUCCUUGCUUUGGGGAAGCCACGCGGGCGACUCGCCGACAAGAGAGUGUCUCUGGAUCGUUAGUCCCGAGACGAAUCUUUCGUCGGAUGCGACUACACCAGCGAUUCAAAGCGUGCUACAAUUCACUAUUCACGACAUUAACGUGAGUUGCCAGGAAAACAGCGUGUACGUAUAUGACGGUUUGCCGGAGUUUGUCUCAUCUACUGGUGGUCAUCAGAGUCAGUUACUGGGCGUGUACUGUACGGAAAGUACCGAUUAUCCGGUGACGGUGGAAGCCAAGUCCGGUUUUCUGACGGUGCAUUACAAACAAUUAGACGAAGUCGAGGGCUUUAAUGCAAGCUACGUGGUGAUGACAUGCAAUAACUGUCCGGGAAAUCGCGAAUGCCGAAACGGCAACUGUCUCUGCAAAUCCGGAUAUGUUGGUAUCAAUUGCGAUGUGGAGAUAUGUCCGAACAAUUGUACCGCCUCGAAUAAACGCGGUGUUUGUGACAAAGGAUAUGGCCGUUGCGUUUGCACAUCAGACUAUGGCGGUCGCGAUUGUUCCAUCCGGCUCAAGGAUCAUCAAUUGAUCUUCACGGAGCUAUUUAAUUCGGAAUAUCUAGCCGAUCAUCUGGAUCAUUUGAGGAAAACACUACCGCGCUUUGGACAUAGUUUGGUGGCCGAUCGACGCGGCAGUCUAUGGAUGUUCGGCGGCUAUUCGCUUAGCCAUGGACCUUUGAAUGACAUCAGACUCUUUGAUACGAAAAACAAUACGUGGAUGCCGGUAACGGUCGAGUCUACUUCAGAGGCGUCUAUGCCGCAGGGCCGUUACUUUCACGCCGCCGAAAUCGUGCACAGCAGGCAGCAGAUCUACGUAUACGGCGGUUUAUCGAUGAAAGACGAAGAUGUGCAAGGAUUAUCGAAUAAUACUCUUAGUGACUUUUGGAAAUUUAGUUUGCAGAAUCAACGAUGGAGCCAGAUUGUACAGGAUGAGUCUAAGAAGGAACCUUUGCCACUGGCCGGUCAUACGCUAACUCUACGCAGAGAUGGAGAGUCGGAGAGUUUGAUUCUAAUUGGUGGAUUCAGUCCUAAGUACGGAUACUUGGACACCGUUUGGGAAUUUAAUCUGGAAACAGAGACUUGGGACACGGUAAAUACCGACGGAAAUGGACCUUUGGGUGUUUAUGGACAUUCAACAGUAUAUCAUGGCAAGUCGGAUAGCUUCUACAUCUUUGGUGGCUACACGUAUGCAGUGAACAGGACAUUUAUUUCGAAUAAGUUGUACGCCCUGAAUUACAAAACACGGAUGUGGUCCGUAUUGCCGCCGUUUGAGGAUGAUUUCACCGAUGGCAGCAAUUUACCACAAGCUAGAUUCCUGCAUUCCGCAGUCACAACUGAUGAAUAUAUGGUGAUAUUCGGCGGCCGGCAAAAUCCUCAUAAUACCUCGGAUUCGUUGAUAGCGUACAAGUACUCAUGCAAUUUGUGGAUACGUUUAAUAACGAGAGAUAUGGAAACAAUUGGCAGUCCGCCACCGCCGGCCUACGCUCACGCGAUGACCCACGCCGAUCCAGAGUCGAACGCCAUUUACGUCGUCGGCGGUUUCGAUGGCGGUAUAAAGAGUCAUGUCACAUUGAUCAGUAUACCGGAAGAUCUGUGCAAAUUGUGGAUAGACAAGAUCACAUGUAGAAAAUACUUUGGCUGCUCGUUCUGCGCCGUCACCACCAUUGUCGGGAUUAACGACUCAUUUUGCUUCUCGAACGAAGUCUCAAGCAACCGUGAUGAUAAAUGCGAUAUUAACGUCAUUCAAGCGCAACGAUCGAACGGAAUAUUCUGCAACUCGGACUGGAUGGCUGAGAGAAAGUGUCAGAGCUUCAAGACUUGCACAGAAUGUCUGGCGGAAUGGCCGUACUAUAAGGAAGACAAGCCGGUCUGUAAAUGGUGCACUAACUGUCCGCACGAUGUCUCAUCCAAAUGCAUUCCAUUCGACCGAGACUGUGACGAACAGACGCAAGGACCAGAUAAAUCAUCAUGCACUGUAUCAGUCACCAAUGUGAAUCAAUGUAAGGAACGCAAGUGUCCAGCGAGUGACUGCGAGAAGUGCAACAGUCUCAACGAUUGCGUGUGGACGAGGCAAGUGCUGAAGACCGAACUGGGACCAAAGUUGACAGGGGAACCCGUCUACGACUGGAACUGCGUGUCGGACAAUAUCUUUGAGCUAUCCAGCAUCAAGAUGAGCAGUACACAAUGCGAGAAAAGAUGCUCCGAGCAUAAAGACUGCAGGAGUUGCUUGAAGGGUACUGGGGCUGAAGGCGGAUGGAGCGAAUGUAGAUGGUCUACGCGAUUGAACGAAUGCAUCUCACCAUCGUAUCAACCACUCUAUUGCGCCGGUGGCGUUUGCGGUUUGGUAUUGCGUAGCGUGGAUAUGGACCAUUGCCCAGAGCCAUGCUCGGUUUUCAAACAGUGCAGCACUUGCCUGAAACACUCGCACUGUGGUUGGUGCUCUUUAGACUCUGCCGAUGUAACCGGUCAAGGGAUAUGCACGGAAGGAUCGCUUGAAGCUCCGGUCGAUCAUCCAGCAGGCGGCACCUGCGAGAUGCUCUACCAUCAACAUUUCCCGGCAACCGAAGCGCCGAUUACCACAACAUUGCAUCCCGCAGACUUUUUAGAACCACAAGACAACAAUAUCACAUUGUCGUUGUCAUUAUCUAAUCACGCAAUGACACCAGAGUUCUCGUGGCAUUAUGUCCGCUGCCCGCCGGAAAACGAAUGCGAAAACGGACAUCAUACUUGUUCACCGAAGAGCGAAAAGUGUUUUGAUCUGGUUGAAGGUUUUGAGUGCAAAUGCGGAGAUGGAUACAAGACCGAGACUACCUGGGGCAGCGAUUUCGGUAAAAAGAUCUGCGUGCCGAUGUGCACGCAAGGUUGUGUGAGAGGCACGUGCGUAGAACCAGACUCGUGCCGUUGCGAUUUUGGUUACGUGGGUGCCAACUGUUCCAUUCAAUGUCAAUGCAACGGCCACAGCGACUGCUUGGGCCCGGACAAACUCGAUGUGUGCACAAAAUGCCAUAAUAACACAAUGGGACAACAAUGCGAAAAAUGCAUGCCGCUGUAUGUCGGCAAUCCUGCGGACAAUGGGCAGUGUGUGCCGUGUCUCGAAUAUUGCAAUGGGCACACGCGAAUCUGCAUCAACGACAGCAUGACUGUGCCCGAUCCGAAUUCGGUCGACAAGAUGCCGAUAGAACGGUUGAGCAAGCAACUGGUCGAGGGACCGAUGGCUAAGGCCAAAUGCAUCAACUGCGGCAACAACACCAGGGGCGACAAGUGUGGUGAGUGCGUGACCGGUUAUUUCCGCGGCACGGAAGAUCUGCGUGACGUGUGCCGACCGUGCGAAUGCCAUGGUCACGGCUUCACAUGCGAUCCCGUGACUGGAGAGAAAUGCAACUGUGGUAACAAUACGGAAAGCGAACCGUCCUGCAUGGUCGGUCCCAUAAAAGGCACGAUUAUAAGCGGCACGCCGUGCUGGAAGGUGCAGUGUAGCAAAUGCAGAGAGAACUACGCCGGUACGCCGACGAUGGGCCAUCAAUGCUACAAAACCGUCACGGUUGACAACAAAAUGUGCUUUGAUUCUAAAUUGAUAGAUGAGUGUAAGAUGAAGCCGAAACCCUUAAACCCCGGCCAGACUGUUUUCUAUAUGGUGCAGCCCCGAUUUAUGAACGUAGACAUCAGAGUAAUGGUGGACGUCACUCAAGGCGCCUUAGAUUUGUUCCUAAGUCCUCGGGAUGAUUCCUUUGUAGUUACUUUGAAUUCAUCGACCGGAUAUCAAGAUGUCGAGCUGGACAGCAGAUUUAUGUGGCGACCCGAUCAUUCCGACAUAUGGUUGGAGGAACAGCCCAACACCAAGAUUCGGAUCGUUGAAUUUCAUUCUCAUGGUUUCGGCGCGGUAAACGGUACCACCACGGAGCCGUCAUGGAACACUGGGCCGCAGUAUUUCGUAAUGGAGCGCUACGCAGAGAAUUUAGCCACUUUCAUGACGAUUGAUAGACGAAAUAUGUUUCUGGUGAUACGUAAUCUAACAAAUCGACUAGUGCUAACAUUGCCACAGGAUAAACACGAUCUCGGCCAGACCAAGUUUCACAUCGCGCUACGUGCGAUCGAACCGUCGAAUCCAGAACUGAACGGCCGCGCUGCCUACGGGAUGAUCUUCUUUCGGCAGGAUCAGUUACACAUUGAUCUGUUCGUCUUCUUCUCGUGUUUCUUUUCCUGUUUCUUCCUAUUCUUGGCGGCAUGCGUGGUCGCAUGGAAGACGAAGCAGGCAGCGGACGUGCGCCGCGCCCGGCGUCGCCAUGUCGUCGAAAUGCUGCAUAUGGCAAAGCGGCCAUUCGCCUCGGCAACAAUAAUCUACGACCGGGACGGCGGCGAGUGCAGCCCGAGCUCGCCGCAGCGCAAGGGCAGACGCGGCAAGCACGUCAAUUUUCAUAGUGAUGUGAGACCGGUCGCCGUGGAACCCACCGACGACAGUGUCGCCGCGGUCGCAACGGUAUUCAUUAGAUUACCCGGCGGCCGCCAAGCGCCCGUCAAACUGGCUCUAGGCAGCUCGCUCAUACUCUUGACCAGAGUCUACCCCGUCAAUAGCCGAGUGUUCCUAAGGCGUAGAAAUAGCCACGCGACGAACUGAGCCCGCGUCACAGUGGAAUCUCGAUCUCGACAAUCUUCGAGUUCCACAUCACGAGCACCGAUCUUUUCGUCGCUGAACUCUUCCGGGACAUCGUUGAUGAGAGUCUCCGAUGUUUGAGUGCAUUCUAUCAUAAAUGAAAAUAGCUAUAGUAGAGCCUCGAUUUAAUUAAUGAUCCUGGGAAAUUAUAUAACAUCCCAUUAGAUUUUUAAUGGACGAAUUUUUUUUUUCUUUUUAGAGCGCAGUUUUAAUUUUUGCUAAAGAUAACAGACGAGAUAUAACGUAAUCGGGUUAUAACGUAAAUUUUAACGAAAUACGUACUUUGCUAUAAUUGCAGCAUCUCUGAUAUGUCAGUCAAUUUUAUCGCUUCUGUUUGGAAACUGUUUUCUUUUAUUGAUCUCAUCGCAUAUUAUUAAUUGGUAAUAUGCACAGCGAGAUCAGAUCUAUACGGAAGCUCUUCCCGCACAGUAAAUACAUAAUAUAUAUAAAAUCUAUCAAAUGCAGACGUAUAAAAUUAUUAUAAUUUUAAUAUUCUAUCGCGCGCGAAUUUUAUAUUACGUGAAUAUUGGAUUCACGAAUCCGGGAACAUUCAAAAACAAAAAUCUCUGGAGAAUCAUAAGUAGAAUCAACGUUGUUUAAAUACGUAAGAAUUUAUGAAAUCAACAUCUUACAGAUCCAGAUACGAGUGCAUCUAUCGAUUCGAAGAAGCUCAAGAAUCGAAGAAUUUGCGAAUUCUCGGAAUCUAUAUAUGCGUGCAUUGAUACACGAAUCGUAUCAUGGAUUUGUAAAUGGAUAAAUUCUUUAAUUAUUAUUAUUAUUAUUUAAAUCUUAUUGCAUAACAUAGUUAUAAGAGGAGAAAAGCCGAAAUCGUAAGAUUAUUUAAUAUAAAUAUAAUAUAUUGUCGUAUAUAUCAUACAUUCCAUGACGAGACUGUAUACACAUUUGUAUAUACAAUCUGUAAUUACAUAUUAAUUCGAACUUUAUAUACAUUUUUAUAGAGACAUUUUAUGAGGCGUGGUCUCGCGUCAUGAAACUCGCGGCAACUAUAUCCGCAAGAUGAUGAAAUUGAUCACGCGCGUAUCUGUAUCAGUUGAACGAACAGUAUUAGAAUUGUUAAUUAGAGAAUCGGAGCUCAACGACGAUGCGUACGUUAAGAAGGUUCCUAUGCCAAAACUGAUUAGUGAAUGAAUGUGAGAAAACGUCCUAAUAUAAUAAUAUAUUAUUUAUCAUAAGUAAGGGGAAGGGAAAGGAGAAAUAAAGAAAAGUUACUAGGAGAAAUAGAGAAGAUUAAAAUUUGUUUCGGGGAAAAAAAAUGUACAUACUCGGAAGAGUUGCAAACGCGUGUCGCAAACUUUUACAACUGGUUAAAAGUCAUUUAUAUACUUUCGAUAGACUGUUUUUGGUCAGAGCUAACGAUUAUGAUAUUAAUCAAAAUGUGUAGAUAAUGUGAAUGUUGUAACGAUAUCGACAUUGAUGUGCUUAGUAAUCAUCGCAGGAGUAUGCAAAAUAAUGCAGAGAUCGUAUUGUUUUAUAUGAAGUUGAAGACAGUCAUAUAAGAGCAUCUAUAAAUCGAACAAUUUCUAAUGAAGACGCAAAAGCAAAAAUUUACAUAAAUAAUAGUUUCAUUUUCAUAAAUUUAAUAAUAUUAAUAAUAAAUAAAUAAAUGCGUGUGUAAAGCUUUUAAUAUGUAAAGAAGAUAUCUAUAUGUGAUAAGAGAAAAAUGUAGGAUCUAAAAAAUUAAGAAUUUAUAGAUUAAUAGAAUAAAUGAUGAAAUUAAGUCUAGCUUAUAACUAAAAUAGAUUAUACAAAGCAUAUACACAUGCAAUAUUAAGACGUAUAAUAAACGUAAUUUUGUACUUGAGAGACUUUUGACUUCAUAAAAAAACAAUGAUCUCUUCGUUAUCUCAUCCUCUUAUAUUCAUACUUGGACUAACAUAACGGUACUUUUUGCAUGUAAUGAGGAGUGUAGAAAUCUAAGACCUCUUAUGCGCAUACAUUUUCUCUCGUAUAUUGUAUAAACGAAGCAUGCAUAUAAGCAAGGACUUGGAUAUACUAUUAUGUAUACGCGAUUGGCAAGAAGAUAGCACGUGCUCCUCUCGAUCAGAAAAAAAAAGAUAUUCGUCGAUUGAUUAUUAAGCAAACACAUCGACGAUACGAUGCGACCAAUUUGUUGAAUCUCAGAGUCUUUUCUUGUCAUGUUAGUCUCGUCAUUGUACGCAAUGCAAUUGACUUUUUGUUAUUUGGCAAUGUCCAUACAGCUAUUAUCUGUCUAACGUGUUUCUCUUUCUCUCUAUUUUUCUAGAUUUAUAUGUUUGAGAAUCGACAGUAUAUAGCAAAUCUAACGAAAUACAGGUUUUCUAUAGGAAUUAAAAAUCUUGCGAUGGUACUAAAACAAGAAUCUAAGAAAAAAUACGGAUUUGUGAAUCGAAAAAAAUGCACGAAACUAAACCAAACAUAAUUGAAUAGAAUUGCUCGUGGAAUUUUAACGAUUUUCCAAGAUCCAAUAAUCCGAAAUUAAUUUUCUUGAUUAGAUUAAUCCGUGGACUCUUCAAAAUUCCCUUUUAACAUCGAGAUUCAAAGUUCCUUCAAAAGAUCCAUGUAAAUUUCAAAGAUUUCUCUUCGUAAAUCUGUGUACAUUUUAAGGACUAACUUAUUUAUAGAGAUCAUUGAAAGAUGAAAGAUUAAAAUUCAUUAUUAUCCGCACAAAAUCGGAUCUAUUCAGAAUAUAUCUUAAUAACAUUCGUACGCGCUGUCCUAAAUACUCAUCCGCGUAAUGCGCCGCGUAAACGUUUAAUUAUUAAGUACACACACACAGAAUUGAUAUAGUAUAUGUACGUUUAUAUAGAUGCAUAUAGAGAGAUAUAUUAUAUUAUAUAUACAUAUAAAAAAGUAACGAGUAUAAUAAAUAUGAGACGCGGUGAAUGUGAGUAUAAUUUUUCGGUUGUACAGAUUUGUGAACGCGCGCGUUAUUUCCGAAAUAUUCUAUUUUAUAUAUAAUUAUAUUACACAUCGCGUCGUCAAUGGCAGAGAGAGCGAUAAUCUUCCAAUGCCAGCAUUGUAAUUUCGCGCAGAAAAUCGGAAAACAACGGUGUGCGAUCGAGAAACAGUGUGUGCUCCAUGUAACGAGAGAGUACGCGAAAAGGUUGUGAAAUUAAAAAAAAAUAACAAAAUAAAAAAAAGAGAACAAGCGAUAUCUUCUGUCGGACUUUCGGCACGAAAGGAUGCGAAUUUAUCCUUUCACUCGCCCGCCCCGAGGGGAAAUGUAAGGUUGUGCAAACGAUGAUUAAUGAAUUGUAUUGCGGAAGCUUUAAAUAAACACGUAAAACCGGA